AUGUCUACUAUCCCCCCCUCCGUCCUCCAAAGCACCAAACCCCCCAUCACCCCCCUCUCCUUCAACGCCAACCAACCCGCCACAAUCCGCCUGUACCCGCUCUCCAACUACACCUUCGGCGUCAAAGAGACCCAACCGGAAGAAGACCCCUCGGUCAUCGCGCGCCUCAAGCGUCUCGAAGAACACUACGGCGAGCACGGCAUGCGCCGAACCUGCGAGGGCAUCCUCGUCUGCCACGAGCACAACCACCCGCACAUCCUCAUGCUGCAGAUCGCCAACGCCUUCUUCAAGCUGCCCGGCGACUACCUCCGACCCGAGGACGAGGAGUUGCAAGGGUUCAAGGCUAGGCUCGACGAGAGGCUGGCGCCUGUGGGUAGGUUGGGGGAGGGGGAGGAGGCGGGGGAUUGGGAUGUGGGCGAUUGUUUGGCGCAGUGGUGGAGGCCGAAUUUUGAGACGUUUAUGUAUCCGUUUAUUCCGGCGCAUGUUACGAGGCCGAAGGAGUGUAAGAAGCUUUAUUUUAUUCAGCUUCCGAAGAGCAAGGUCCUCAGCGUCCCCAAAAACAUGAAGCUCCUCGCCGUACCCCUGUUCGAGCUCUACGACAACACGCAACGCUACGGACCCCAGCUCUCGGCGAUCCCUCACCUACUGAGCCGGUACAACUUCGAGUUCGUCGAUGAGAACGGAAACAUUGCGGCCAUGACGCCCGGCGCUGCGCCUCCCGAGGGAUACGUUCCGAGGACGAAGGUCUUGGCGGGUGGUGGUGAUGAUACGGAGAUGAAUGAGAAUGGUACGAGCUAG